CACUCCGUGGUAAAGUCGUUUAGUCAAAGCAGAUACAAAACCGCGCUUUUGUUCGAUCUGAGAAAAAAAUCAGACCCCUCUUUUCAUCAAUAAGCUAGUUGAUAUUUACGAGUCAAAUGUCUAAAGACAACGACGAUUAUGAUUAUCUAUUUAAAGUGGUCCUUAUCGGUGAUUCGGGUGUCGGCAAAUCAAACUUGCUAUCUCGUUUUACGCGAAACGAGUUUUGCUUAGAAUCGAAGUCCACUAUCGGUGUUGAGUUCGCAACUCGCACUAUCGAGGUUGACACAAACACAAUCAAAGCACAAAUAUGGGACACGGCUGGUCAAGAGAGGUACAGAGCCAUUACGAGUGCGUAUUACAGGGGUGCUGUAGGGGCGUUGCUUGUGUACGACAUAACAAAGUCCGAAUCUUAUGAAGACGUGGAGAAAUGGCUGAAGGAACUUAGAGACCACGCAGAUGCAAAUAUAGUUAUCAUGUUAAUUGGAAACAAAUGCGAUUUGAAGCACUUGCGUUGCGUUCAAACUGAGGACGCACGCUUAUUCGCUGCAAAUGAAGGACUGUCUUUCACUGAAACCUCUGCACUUGAAUCAACUAAUGUCGAGCUUGCUUUCCACCAAAUUCUAACUGAAGUUUUUCAGAUAGUUUCGAAGAAGUCCCAGUCGAAUGAAUCUAAUGAUCAGAGUCAACGCCACGGCUCUAGUACAAUUGAAGUAAAUGCAAUCAACGACGGCGUGAAGAAGUCAAAAUCACAGUGUUGUAGUGCAUAGUGAGUUAGCAACUGUCUGAUAUAGUGUAUGUUUUAGGAUUUGCACCAACGUGUGACGACUCGGCUGCAUCAGGUCACUGCUUGCUUGGUAGCGCUAAUCACAAGACUUGCUUUCUGGUUAAAUCGGUUGUGAACAGGAAAGACUUAGGAACGUGAGAGUACAACGUAUAGUUGAAUGUAUACGUGAGAGUAUAACAUAGUUAAAUGUAUACCGUAACCUUUCCAUAUUCGGUCAAAUUUUGGAUGGAAGUGUAUGUGUUUAUUUACACUCUCACUUCGAUUCGUACGUACGUGUACGGAUAUGGAAGUUUAGUUACUUCCGUACAGCUGUAGGGCCUAGUUUCAUUGCUCCACGUGUAGUUGUGUACAUGUACGGAAGUACUUCCGG